CCCUAUGUUGUUGUCUGAGACAAUGAUUUCCGUUCAAGAAUGGCUUGCAUAGUUGGCAAUGUCCUUCUUCUCCCUCACCUUACCACAACCAUGGAUCCGUACACUUAACCUCCUCUCUCUAUUUGUUCCUUCUCUUUGGCAGUUAAGCUGCUCCAAUCUAUACACCCACCACCAACUUUCUCUCUCUAAUUACUUCAUAAAAAUCCCAUCUUUUUUUCUUCUCUCUCUCUUCAUUCCUUCAUUUAUUGCUUCCCUUUGCAUUCAUUCAAUUCACUCCACACAUUCAUUGGUUUAAGAAGGAGUUGAGAAAAUAAAAGGGUCCUCUUUUGGGUUUACAAAGAGAAAAAAAGAUGCCUCUUGUGAGGUUGCAGGUGAGAAAUGAGUUCGGUUUGGGGCAACCUGAGCUUUAUAGAGAGACUAAUAGAGAAGACCCUAAAGCAGUUCUUGAUGGAGUUGCUGUUGCUGGACUUGUUGGGAUCUUGAGACAACUUGGUGAUCUUGCUGAUUUCGCAGCAGAGGUUUUUCAUGGUCUGCAGGAGCAAGUGAUGAUAACGGCUGCUAGGAGUCAUAGAUUGAUGACUCGCGUUCAAAACAUCGAAGCUUCCCUACCUCCCUUGGAGAAGGCCGUAUUGGCACAAACAAGUCACAUACAUUUAGCCUACACAGCUGGUUGUGAAUGGCAUCCACGCAUAAGAACUGCUCGAAAUCAUUUCAUAUACAAUGACUUGCCUCAUUUUAUUAUGGAUUCAUAUGAAGAAUGCCGUGAUCCUCCACGAGUUCACUUGCUUGAUAAAUUCGAUACCGGUGGCCCAGGAUCUUGUUUAAGGAGAUAUUCAGAUCCAACCUUCUUCAAGAGAGUAUCUGCAGAUUCAGAAGAACGAUACUCUGAGAAGACCGAAAAGGCUAGGAAAUCCCGUAAAAAUAAGAAGAGAAGGUCAACAUCACGAAGGAACGGGGAACUUUUGAGGGGUGAACAGAUGCAUGGCAAUAGUGGCAGAAUGCAAUUUAAUUCUUCCUCAAUCAACGGACGAGCUUCCUCGCACACAAACUCCACAAUAGACAUGACAAUGAAAUCAGAUGUAGAAGAUCGUUCAAAUUCUUUCGAUUCAAAGUCUGGGGCUGGCUACAUUGAAUGUAUUUUCCAUCCAAGUAAUAAUUCUUUGCAACCAAAAGAACAGGAUUGCGAGGAACCAUCCUCUCCAAGGUUGGCACAGAAAACUGAUACUCUUCCAUCAGUAUCUCCUUCUAUAGAUGAUGAUAUUUCACACGAUUCAUUGGAAAAGCAAAUCCCCUCUCAUUCGUCCGGUGUUACUUGGGAUGAAAAGGAAGAGAUAGUGGAAUCCAAUAGUCAAACCUGUGAGACGGAUAAAACACCAGAGAGGCUUGUGGAAAAACACGACUCGGAUAUGCAUGUGAACGAGCCUGUUAGCAUUAGCAAUGGCAUAGCUAAUAUUGAUUACAGUGAUAUUCUAUUUAAUGAAGAAAGAAACCUAAAACCAGUCUUUGGAGAGAUUCAAGCAGAUGAUGAUAUAGAUAGUGAACCUGAUAAUGAUAAUUUCAUGGAUGCUCUUAACUCCAUCGAAUCAGAAUCUGAAGUUGAUCUUGACUACGAAACCAAACGAGAGGUGCAGCAAUUCGCAUCAAAUGUCACUCUUGAAAUGAUUGAAAAUGGAGAUACUGAAGCUCCUUCUAAUUUAUCUGACAACAAUUUAUCUGAUGUUGUUUCUCAAACCGGAUAUACUGUUCACAUAAACAAAGAAACAGGCAAGGAUAUUCCUGACUUGCUUCAAGAAAAUUCUCCUCUCACGCCAGAGUCAUAUAUCCCUGAUAUUGAAAAAGUGACCAGAGACACUGUUUACUCAAACGAAGAAGCAAUCCAAGAUUUGCCUGACUCACUGCAAGAAAUUCCUCCUCUCACAUUCGAACCACAUGCAUCUGAUUUUGAACCUGCGAGUCCAUUAGACAUUCCAUACCACAAAGAAACGUUUGGGGACUUUCCUGACUCCCUACAAGAAAUUCCUCCUCUCACAUUACCAGAAAUUCCUCCUCUCACAUUAGAGCCAGAUGAAUCUGAUUUGGGAUAUGCGAGUCCGUCAAAUGUUUCUUCUAGCAAAGAAAUAACCACGGAUGUAGCUGAUUCUCAUUCCUCUGAGAGUCUAAUUUCUGGAAGGGAUCCUCACACACAUGAGAAUUCGGUUUUGGAUCACUCAGUAGGGACUCAUACAUCCAUUGGCUCUCCUACCGAUAAUGAUACAACGUCAGCAUCCAUUAGAACCGAUAAAUCAUUUUCUGGCUCUGAACUACCAGAUGAAAGAGCAGGGAAGGUCAAUAAUAACUGCAAAUAUGAAGACACGCGUAAAGAGUCUUUGAGCGAUAACUCGGUUAGGUUCUGGACUAACGGUGGAUUAUUAGGACUUGAGCCAUCAAAACCUCCUGAUUUUACCAUGCCAAGUUCCUUAAAUCAAGAGUCUCUGAGCAUGAAAAAUGAGAUGAAUGGUGGUUCACUUGCCAAUUCAAUGCAAAAGAGCAAUGGUUCCACUUACAAAGAUGGACCACAAUUAUCAGAAAAGAUUACUCAACAAAUUCUUAAGGAAUCAAGUUCUAGAUAUGAUGAUCAGGCUUGUACAUCUGAAAAUACGUCACACAGUUCUCAGCAGAGUAAUGGUCACACUAAGAGGAACAGUUUGGGCGAAGUCAACGUAACUGCACCUGGAGUUGUUCCCCCAGCUGCUGCCGACACAAAGAAUUGUGCUGAAACCAACCAGGAAAACGAUGAAAACUCGUUGCAACUGUUUGGACUUGGUCAUAGGUUAUUAAUAAAAAGCUUGCAUCGCAAGGUUUCUUUCGAUGAAAAAUCUGGACAUUAUAAUUCUUUGAAAUCUGUUAUAUUGGAGCAGAGUGAACAAAAUAGCAUUAUAAAGCAGUCACAUCCUGAGAGAACCUUCAAAGAGAAAGUUAGUUUCGGUUAUCCUAUAGAUUCACUCCCUCCUUCGCCGCCGCUUGAACAUAUGAAAAUAUCCUUCCAACCUCUCAGUGGACUUGAGACCUCCAAGCUAAAACUGCAGUUUCCUGAUGGUGGUAAUCAUCAUGAAAGUAUAAGGGAUAUGUUUCCUUCGUUCCAAUUGGUCCCCGAGUCUUCCAUUCCUCUUGACGAUUCAGGCUUUUAUUCUGACGGUGAUGACACGUUCUGUAGAUCAUCUCCUUGUGCAUCAGAUGAUUGCCAUACUCCUCGCUCGGACGAUGAUUCUGAUCAGUGGGAUGAAAUUCCUGAAAGCAGUGACCACGAUGUGCAUGAUUCUCCUCACAGAAGUUCAUCAAGUGCAUCUAUCUUAAGCCCCAAAGAACAUGGCAGAGUGUCCAAUAACGACACUGACAUAACAAAUGAACAUAUGAAUGGCGAACCUUCCUUAUCUGGACCAUUACUUGAUUUUCCAAGUUUCGAAAGUGUGAAUCCUGUACUUGAGAUAGAAAGUAAUAGACAUCAUGAAUGCAAUAAUGUUAUGUCACAUAGUUAUGUGGAGCCUACUCGACCACCACCACCUCCUCCAGCUCCUCCAACGCAGUGGAGGGUCACAAAACCUCAGUUGGAUAAUUCAAAUGAGACUCAAUAUUAUAUAUCGGAAGAUGCCGAACUUAUCAGUGAUCGAAGUCUUCCAGAAUCUACUAUCUUCCAGGAACCUAGGCUUGGCGAGGUCGAGCAAAUACAACUUAAUCACGACGGUCACGAGUCUUAUGACACUAUUAUACAUCAAUUGAAGGAAAAGCUGGGUCCACAGAAGUUGAAUGGUCAGAAGAAUGCAAACCAGUUGAGAAUGGGAAAAGAGAUAGAUGAAAAAGAAGAUUUCCUUUAUCAAAUCAGAACCAAAUCCUUCAACCUGAGGCCUACAGUAACAGGAAAGUCGAAUGCUACCACGGGUCCCACCGCAAACGUCAAAGUAACCGCAAUUUUGGAGAAAGCAAAUGCAAUCCGUCAGGUUGUCGCAAGUGAUGAUGGCGAAGACGACGACGAUACGUGGAGUGAUACAUGAUAUCUUUUUUUUCUUUUCUUUUUUAAAAUUCUUUUAACUUUCAUACAUGAGGCUUUGUUGUAUGUAUGUAUGUAUGCAUGCAUGUGUGAAUAAAUCUUUGUUUAUUUGUUAUUAAUAGUGCAGCAGCUAUUAGUUUCCUUAAUCUCAUACGAUAAUAUGAUUUAUGUCUUCAA